AUGAUUGGCGGAACAUUAAGAAGAUCAUUCAGAUUUCUGAUUAUUCUAUGUUUAUUCACUAACACAGUCUAUUCAUUGGAUGGAGAAGAUGUUCUGCUUACAUCAGAUUCAGAUCAAUUUGGUCCAUCACCUAUAUUAACAUCAUCAACUCCACAUCUUCAUCUCUUUCAACAACAACAACAACAACAUCAACAACAACAAAAGCCACCUCAUCAUCAUCAUGAUACUUCUAUUGAUGAUGAUGAAGAUGAUGAUAUACAUUUAAAUAAUAUUAUAAAUGAUUCAUCAUUUAAUAAUAUCCCACGUCCAUUAUUAGAAACUGUUGUAUUAGCAGCUGUAUUAUCACUUCUAAUACUGUCAUGUGUAAUUGGCAAUGUGUUCGUCCUUCUUGCCAUUUGCUGUGAAAGAGAUUUAAGGAAUCGACCACAAUACUAUCUGAUAUUCUCAUUAGCUGUUGCUGAUCUCAUUGUUGGAAUUAUCGUUACACCACUUGGAGCCUGGUCGACUGUCACUGGAGCUUGGAGAUUAGGCGUUGCAUUAUGUGAUUUUUGGAUUUCCGUUGAUGUUCUCGUUUGUACGGCAUCCAUACUACAUCUAGUUGCGAUUGCCUUAGAUCGAUAUUGGUCCAUCACCGAUAUUUCGUAUGUCCAAAAUCGAACUCCACGUCGAGUCAUACUUAUGCUCGCUUGCAUUUGGAUGACGUCAUUGCUCAUCAGUUUAGCUCCAUUUGCAGGUUGGAAAGAUGACGGCUUCGAUGAUCGUGUAAACAUAGAACACAGAUGUUUGAUCAGUCAACAAAUCAGUUACCAAGUUUUCUCUACGGCUACCGCCUUCUAUAUACCAUUGAUCGCCAUUGUUUGUGUUUAUUGGAAGAUAAUGAGAGCUGCCAAGAAGCGAUUUAAGCGUGAACGGGACCGUCGAACAGUUAUCAGACCUCCUCCAGAUGUUAUUGAUGAGAAGAAAGCUCCAUUAAUUAUAAAAAAGAAUAAAAAAAUUCCUCUUCCGCCAGCUGUUGUUAUCUCUGACAUUGAUAGAAAUUCAAAUUCAGAAAUCAAAAAUGGAUCGGUUAAGGUGAAUCGACCAGAAUCAUCGUCAUCGACGUCAGAAGAAGAGAGGACAGUGCAGACGCAAGAAACAAAGCUGGAUGUCACACAAGCUGCAAGUUCUCAAUCGGCUAAACAAAAAGCCAUGGGAUUGAUGCCGAAACGUAAACGAAGGCCAAAGGAAAGUGCAGAAACCAAACGAGAACGAAAAGCCUGGCGAACAUUAGCCAUAAUUACAGGUACUUUUGUGGCUUGUUGGACACCGUUUUUCCUUGUCUCGUUGUAUCGUCCAAUCUGCGGAUGCAAUAUUCCUCCGGCAGUUGAAAUGGUUACAGCUUGGCUGGGAUAUUUGAAUUCAGCUCUGAAUCCAGUCAUCUACACCGUUUUCUCCCAAGACUUCCGAACAGCUUUUAAGAGAAUUAUCAAGAGGAUGUGCCUAUUAAACUUUCACGAUUAUUGA